AACUCCAGCUUUAGGCGGGAACCGCCUCCCCGGGCAGGCUCCGGCCUGGGGCCUCAGCUGCCGCCCUGGUUGGCCCAGGAGAAGGGCGGAGUUCAGGAGGCGGAGAGGCGCGGCGAGGCGAGCGGGGCCCUCUUGCUCCGGAGUGAAGUCCACUUCCUUGCGGGGAGGGGAGCUGCGAGGGCGACGGCAGCAGCAGCAGCAGAGAGUGACCUGGGACGGUGGAAUACGCCUUUUUAAAGAUGCCUUCGCUGAAGGGUAAAGUCCAGACUGUUUUGGGCCUUGUUGAGCCUAGCCAGCUUGGCUACACGAUGACCCACGAGCACUUGACAAUGGAUUACACUUGCUGUUACUACCCACCUCCUUCAGGCCAAGAAGCACUCUCUGAAACAUCCAUUGAGAUGAAGAACUUGUUUUGGCUGAAACAGAAUCCCUACAGCCACAAAGAGAACCUCCUCCUGCAUCAAGAAACAAGUGCUGUGAAGGAAGAACUGCUGCAGUUCAAAGCUGCAGGUGGUGGGACCAUAGUGGAAAAUACAACCACAGGGAUAAGGAGAGACAUGAAGACCCUAAAGCAGCUUGCGGAAGAAACUGGUGUCCAUAUUAUUGCUGGUGCUGGCUUUUAUGUGGGUGCCACUCAUUCUCCUGAAACACGAGCGAUGUCUGUGGAGCAGCUGACAGAGGUUAUAGUUAAUGAAAUUCUCAAUGGAGCUGAUGGAACCGACAUAAAGUGUGGGGUCAUAGGAGAAGUUGGCUGCUCGUGGCCUCUGACAGAAAGUGAAAACAAAGUACUACAAGCCACGGCACAUGCUCAGUCACAGCUUGGCUGCCCUGUCAUCAUCCACCCUGGCAGGAACAGUGAUUCACCUUUCCAGAUCAUUCGAAUUUUGCAGGAAGCUGGAGCUGAUACCUCAAAAACCGUCAUGUCUCACAUGGACAGGACUAUAUUUGAUGAGAAGAAACUGUUGGAGUUUGCUGAGCUUGGAUGCUACUUAGAGUACGACCUCUUUGGAACAGAAUUCAUUUUGUACCAAAUGAAUCCUGAUAUCGAUAUGCCAAGUGACAAUGAAAGAAUUUUAAGGGUUCGGAUGUUGAUUGAGGAAGGUUAUGAAGACAGAGUUUUGCUUGCUCAUGACAUGCACACAAAAAAUAGGUUGAAGAAAUAUGGGGGUCAUGGAUAUUCUCACAUACUUGAAAACAUAGUACCAAAAAUGUUAAUCAGAGGCAUAUCGCAAGAAAAGAUUGAUAAGCUCUUGGUAGGAAAUCCCAGGCGAUGGUUGACUUUUGAGUAGGGAGUUCUAAGUAUUGCUGUGGCUAGAUUUGCUUCUGUGAAACUGGAAAUUUGAAACCUAAAUUCUUUGAAGAAAACUAAAGUCCUACAAAUCUGGCGUCUUAAGAGUAGGAUAAGCCAUAGUGUACCUACUGUUUGUGUCCAGGUCCCUUCAGAUACAGGGAGUGGGGGCAGUUACACAGCUUCGCUAAAGGGCAAUUUUUAUCUGUAAUAAGUGUUUGCUUGGCAAGUAUGGUAGAAUUGUAUAACUCUGUUCCACAUACUAUUUCUAAAAUCACCAUAAAACUGCUUAAAGCUGCUGGGAUGCCUUCAUGCAGUGCUUUUAGCGGAUACUCGCAACAGCCUUGAGAACAGCAUCAUGCUGUGCAAGGGCCUAGACUGAUGGAGUAAUUAUGAUGGCUUCUGCGGACUCAUUCCGGAGUUGGGCCCAAGCACCAUUGCUGGAACAUUUAUGCAUAAUCCUAGCUGGGAUCAUGCAAACCCCAGCUGCAUGCCUAAGGCACUUCCGCACAGGCACAGGAAAUUCCUCUUUUUUAUUUUCAACUUCACUCUGAUGUGUCAGGUGACACCUGAAAAUAGGAGUGGGGAACCUGUUACCCUCCAGAUGCUGGACUGCAGUGCCCAUCAUUACUGACCACUGGCUAGAUGCUAACUGGGAUCGCUGGGAGUGGAGUCCUAAUAAUAUAAGGAUGGGUACAGGUUCCCCAACCCUGUUUUAGUGUCACUGAUCUGCAGGAGAGCUGCUAUAGAGAAGGGAGGAACCAUGAGUAGAAGCAGAAAUACAAUAAUACUUUUGUCAGCUUUCCAUGAAACAUACAUCAAAGUCAGCUGCCCAGUAUAUUUGUAUUCCUGAUUAUUUAUGGUCAAAACACUUUAACCCCUGUGCCUCCUUUGACCUUCCCUUUUAAUAUUUUGUGUGAAUGCUACUUUGAAUUGAAAUUUUAAAAUAAAGCAAAAAAAUAUGACUGGGGCGCCAAGAAAAUAUAGAGGUUGCAUUUUAAAAAAACCGUGGGUCUUUUGAAGAUGGUGUAAUGGCUGUAUUACUUUAGGAAUUUUCUAUGCAUGUGUAUUCAGACAUUCAGGAUUUACUCCCAGGUAAAGCGCUUGUGGUUUCAGGAUUUCCACUUAAAAGCAAAGUCUUUAUCCACUUAGUUUAAUGGAGCAUACUCCCAAGUAGGUGUGCCUAGGGUUAUUUUUGGCUAAAAUUACCUCCCUCCAAAAUGAUUUUUUCCCCUAAUACUGAUGCUCCUAUUAAGUAUCCAUAUGCUCUUUGUUUAAUGAUUAGUUUUUACAAAAUAAUGUUCGAAAUUUAAAAAUGUUCACAAUGUAUAAUUACAUAUUGAGAAUAUCUUUAAAUAGCAUUUUAAGGGCUGGAUUGCAAAACCGUAUCAGGGUGAAUAAAAGCAUUUAAAAGCCUCCAAUACACACUAGCCUCAAUUGAAUGCACUUCUAUCUCAUUGAAAAUCAGCAGCCACAGGCGCACAAAAUGAAGUGUCCUUGCUUUGAUUUCAACAGGCUUAAACGUGCUCAUUUCUGCAUCAGCUAUUGGUCCAUGGACUCAGGUGAUCCAAACUUUUGUUUCUCUUCUAACCCCUCCCCCCCAACAUUUAUGAUGUAUUUUAUAAACAAAGCAGUUGAGCAAGAUUUCACUUUUAGAAAUGCUUGUGUCACAAAUUAUUGUGGAGACAAUGCCCAAAAUCAAAAUAUGUAAUAACAAUAACAAUCUAAUGUAACAAAGCUUAUAAUUUACAAAUCAGUUUGUCAAGAUAUGAUUUAAAAGAGAAGUUUGCCUUUUAUUGUUUCUGUGGUUCUAACCAAAGAAAAAUGCUGAUUUUGCUAAAGAAAGUGUUAUAUCUGUUUAAAAUGACAGUCUGGUGAUCUAACGUCAUUUAUUAUAUUUCCAAGCGUGCACAGCACUUGAUAUCCUGUGGCAAUAAAUUUCUUGUCUUAUUUCA